CGUUUUUGGUUUCGUGAAAAUGGAGGACGACGACGUGUUUGCGUUCGAGUCGUCGCACGUUGAGCGGCCACCGACGCACCGUCACAAUAGCAGCAAUGGCAGCAAUGGCAUUGCAAAUCCAAGCCAUGCACCGGUGCUGCGAGCUGGAGCUGGAGCUGGUUCAGGAGCUGCGUUGGCUGGAGCUGCAUUGGGAUUGGCACGUCGCGGCUCUGGCGUCGGUCUCAUCCCAACGCCACCGACUCCAACAACGGCGACUGCUGCUGCUGCUGCUGCUGCUUCUGUUCAUACUACUGCCACUGCUGCUGCUGCUGCCACUGCUACUAGUGCGACGACUGUGCCGUAUGAGCGACUGGGCAUGACUGCGCCGCCAUAUGGACUGCUGCACGCGCACCAUUCGCAUGGACCACUCGCAGCACAUCAACAGCCACCGCCGCUGUCGUCGUCGUCGUCGUCGUCAGGAUUGCUACUGCAUGCAUCACCAUCAUCAUCAUCACCAUCGUCGUCGUCGUUGGGUGCAGCGGGAGUCCAUGCGGCGGCGGCACUGCUGCCCGAUCCCAAUGCAGCGCCAGCAAUUGGCACUGGCAUUGGCGCGCUGGGCCGAGCAUCGAGGCACUCGCCGCAGUCCCCGCAGCGCCCGACACAGCCGCCGUCGUCGCCACAGAGGCAGCACAUUCCAGUGCACGACUCGACGGGACUGCGCGGCGGCGGCAGCGGAGGGCAGCAGAGCGGCAGUCGUCCCGCUGCGUCACCACAUGGCGCUGCUGGAGCACAUGUGGAUGCAGUGCACGACCACCGCGACCACCACCACCACCACCACCACUACAAGGCAAUACAAGGACACGGGCCUCAACAUGGCGCUGACUACUACGGGAGUGACAGCCACGAGGACGGGCGCGGAGCGGCGGCCAACGAGCGCGGCGGCGCGGAACAACCGAGUCACGCCGAACCAUGGACGCUGGCUGGAGAUGGCGCGCGGCAGCAGCAGCAGCCAAUCAAGAAGCGGAGGCACAGGCACCGGCGCGGAAGCAGCAGUGGAAGCAUUGGCCGAUUGACGCUCGCUCAGAACGAGGGCGACGAGGGCGCGGGUGUGGCAGACGUAGAAGAGCUCGACGACGAGUUUGUUCUGAGCAACUCGGGAUUGCAGGGAAAUUGGACCACUGCUGCUGCUGCUGCUGCUGCUGCUGCUGCUGCUGCUGCUGCUGCGGCUACAACACCUGCAACUGCUGCAAUCUUCCACUUUGACAAGCCGUCGAGUCCAACUCGUGCGCACGCCAAUGAAGGAUUGCUUGGCGCCCGUCCACCACCCAUUGCCACUCCUGCACUCCCUCUGUCUCACGCGGCAGCAACGUCCUCCAGCAUUCAUGCAGCAGCUGGCAACACAACGGCGGCAUUGUCAACAUCGCCACCGCCAACCACAACGCAGCACAAUCCGCACGGUCCUCCACCUUCUCCAGGUGCUGUUUCAUCGUCGUCAGGAGGCUCGCGACAACGUCAUCGUAGCCGAUCCAAUCCGGCCAAGGUCGCCAACGCUGGCGGUGCUGCAGGCGCGAAUGCGUGCGAGGUCAAGAACACUGUCAUUGUCGUCAAAAACUUGCCAUUCUCCCUCAAUCCCGAGGACAUGAAGCUCUGCUUGACGGCAUCUCGGGUCAAGGAGGCAGCUGCCUUGUCGUCGCUGGGGCUGUCGACGCUUCCCGAGGCGGAUGAUCCGGUGUUUUUGCCUUCCUCGGAAGACAAUGGCGUCUCGCUGCUUGCCACAGUCAAAGGCCCUCUGUUGGACAGCCUGCCGCCUUUUCUUGAUGUCGAACUCUGCUAUGACGCCAAUGGACAUUCCCGCGGCGUUGCGUUUGUCACGUACGCCAACUUGGACGACUCCGAGCGCGCUCAUGGCAUCAUUGGUAGCGGUGUGGAGGUUGGCGGGCGUCGUCUGUUGGUCGAGUACAAGCGACAGCAGCCACCAUCUGCCCCCAACUCGACCAACUCCUCCAAGGAGGUCACAACCGCAGCUGCAGUUGUCACUGUUACGCUUGCCAACUUUUCCAUUCAAGCAACCCACCACCAGCAGCAUCCGCACCUCCCCCACCAUCACCACCACCACCACCAGCAGCAGCACCAUCAUCAUUUCUCGGGACCAUCACUUGUUCAAUCAGAGCUGCACCACUCUUCAACGGAUGCGCUCGACGCCGUCCAUGCCGCUGCUGACGACGAGGCCCGCCUGCUGCACACGCAGCUCAAGUCCUUCAAGUACAACGACACAAUGACCGUCAUGGAAUUUCCAGCGCACUUUUCGGCGCAUCAGCGCAAACUGGUGCACAUGAUGGCCGAGCGCUUGGACCUCAACCACGCAUCCGAGGGCGACGGCCACAUUCGCACCAUCAAGGUCUGGAAGAAGAUUGCCCCCAAACCAUCGAUUCUCGCGACGCUUCCUGAUGCACCCACCGAGACGACUGCAGAGCUCGACACAACCGUGUUUCGCCCACGCUCUCAAACGCUGGACGGACAUCAUUCGGGCCGAUCGAGUUCCAGCAGCUCGAGCCACCCGCGAGGCGGCGGUGCCCACCACCAGCACCAGCGAGGCACCACUCCAUCGCCGCCAUUGUCCAACCAAAGCUCUCCAACCGCGCCAGAGCGCUCCAUGCCGGCCGGAUCGCGCUCGAGCGCCUCUUCCAUUCCGCUGAUGCAGUUGCCCUCCUCUCACCGGCGCCAGCGGCCUUCUGUUGAUUAUUCCGCCUCACUGUCGCUCUCUGGCUCCAUGGGCCAGCUGCACUCCGGCUCGUCGGGCGUUGGUUUGAUUGGAGACGUGCCGGUGACUGGAGGGCUCACGCGUCGAUCCUUCCAACGGAGCAACGAUUCUCUCUCUGGCUCUCUGUCGUCCUCGUCGUACCUGGGUCUGUCCGCUCUUGCUCCGCCCAGCCAGUCUCUGGUGCCCACUCCCUACUCGUCUUCGCCCUCAAACGCAACAUCCCCGUCGCUGCUCACCUCUGCCAGCCUGCCGUUUACUGCCCUCUCGCCCGGUCGAUCUGCUUCCAACAUUGAAGCUGUUGUGGCGUCGACCGACGGCAGCAACAGCAGCGGCUCUACGACCGGCAGUGGUGGAGUCAGCGCUCGCCAACCGCGCGGUCCUGACGGCACGAAAGGGUUUGCCUUUCCACGCUCAGGGGAGCCCACUCCGCAAGAUUUUGUUGACGCUCUGCUCUCUUCGGUGGCUCGUGAGCAUGGCCAGCAGCAGUACCAGCAGCAACAGCACCAGCAUCACCAGCGACACGGCGCAGCAGCCAUCGGUCUCGCCACGCAUCGAGCCCUGCUUCGCGAUCCAGUCGUUGCCCCUGCCCCUGUUUCCCGCUUGCCUCCGUCAUCGCAUGCAAACACUGUCGCCCGACAACAGCUGCAAGACCUCGCACAACAGGCGCUCUUGGUGACGCCUCCGCAUCCGUCGUCGACUGGCACUGGCACGGCCAUGGCCGGAUCCUCGCUGCCCGCCGCAUCCUUCAUGUACUCGUCCAUGCCUGUGAGAAUUCCAUCGUCGAGAGCUGCGGCGCGUAGUGACAAAGGCGAGCGGAAUUCAAGCGUGAGCGGCAGUGCCAGCGGUCUUGCGACGCCGUUCACCUCGCUUGCGUCCUCCGAGGUUGGCAGUUUCAAGCUCAACCCUCACGCAAGCUCGUUUGAUCUUGAAGGGGCGGCUCCAGGUUCGCAGCCUUAUUCGCGGAGGUGAUUGAUUUAUUGUUAGCUUCUUUUUUUUUCUUGGUUUUGUUUUGUUUCUUGGAUUUUGACUGGUUUUUUUUAAUUUCUCGUUUCUGUUGUGCUUGGAUGUGUUCUUCCUCGUUGACACUAAUUUAUUCAUUGAGC